AUGACGGGGAUGCUGCUGGGCCAGAACCUCCCCCGCCGCCUGCCCAGCACCUCCUCCAGUAGGCUCCUGGUGGCUAUCUGGUUGGUGUUUGGGAUUAUUUUUGCAUCGGCUUACCGUGGAAACCUGACCGCGGCCCUCACGCUGCCCACCUACCCCCCGCGCCCAGAAACACUCCCACAGCUGGUUGAGUCCGUGAAGAUGAUAACGAUGCAGUCCUAUGGGAAGGAAUUCAAGGAAUUCUUCUCAAAAUCGGACUCGCCGCUGUUCCAGAAGCUCGCGACGCUGAUCACCAUCGUGCCCACGCUGAUGGGCGGGCAGCAGCAGGCGAUCGAAAACAAACAGGCGCAUCUGGAUAACCGACGGUAUCAGAGUCACAACAUUGCCAAGCGGUUCACGCGGGCAGACGGGCGGGAGCUGCUGUACAUCGGACGGGAGAGCAUCAUGCCGGGACAGUCCGCCUGGCCGCUGCCCCACGACGCCCCAUACACCGCCGUCAUUGACCGUCACCUCAUGGCCGUGGUUGAGGCGGGGCUGUACGAGCAGUGGGCUGCCGAUCUGCUCUUCGAAGUCCAACAGGAGAGCCGCAAACGACUACAAGAGCAGCAGCGGCAACAACAACUCCAAGCACAUGCUGAUGGAAAGCUUGCGUCUGAAGGAUCGAGGGAAAGCACUUUGUCGCUCUCCAUCCGGCACACUCAAGGCGCCUUCCUGCUGUUCCUCUUCGGCCUGGUCAUCGCUGCCCUGGCGUUCGGCGGGGAGGUCAUCUCCGGAAAGCUAUAGCGUGUGACAGUAGAUGUUCAUAGUAAUUAAAUCCAGCAGCUUUUCUUAUAGCACUAAUGAUGGAGACUGUUGCUGAAGCUUAAGAGUUAUAUGAAAAGGAAUGAGAAAGAAUAAGUAUUUUCUCUA